CCGGAUUUGAGGAAUUCACGAGCCACAAAGUGAUGUGAGGAAGAGUUGUGAAAUGUUUGGCUGUGUUCUCAGCAGGAGAAGCUAAAUCAUCCCUGGUAUUUGGAGCGUGCGUGAACACAGCAUACCCCCCCAAAUGUUUUCCUCAGCCUCGCUGCGCUCCCACGUCAUCCUCCAUCGAUUUUUUUUCCCCCCCCUCCACCACCACUCCAUCCUUAAAACUGCUGCAAGUCCUCCUCUUUACUAUGUGAAAGCUCGCUGACCGUCACAGCAGUUUACAGCAGCCCUGAGCAGCAGUGUUAUCCGACAUGAGGCUGGGACUCUCCACUCUCGUGUGCUUCUUCAGCUUUGUGUGGCUGUCGGAGUGCGCGCCACCGACCUGCUACUCCAGAGCGCUCGGCCUGAGCAAAGAAGUGAUGACUCUGCUGGACAGAAUACACACGUACCAUCGCACGAAAACGUGUGCUGAGGUUCUUCCCACGAUCUUCCUGGAUGUGCAUAACUCGUGCGUCACAACCAAGCUCCGAGACUUUCUCUACGUGGUGCUGAACCAUCCUAACCAGUACUGCAGAGAGCGUCCCAGAAUGCUGCUGCUGAAACGUAAAGUCCAGAACCUGCACAACAUCGUCACCAGAAUCUGUUAUCGGGACUUGGUGUUUUUCACAGAUGACUGUGAGGCUAUUGACACUGGACACAUUCGCCCUCACUAUGCAGAGGACAGGCUCCAGCUACUGCAAGAGGAGAGAUGAGCGGACGACAGACCGUCAUCGUUCUGUUACAUUCAGAAAAACACAUCAGCAAUAUGUAGAAUGGUAACACAUGUACAAUACACACCACGGCCUGCACUGUAUUAGAGGCGUCAUAAACGAUAUACACAGUGCUGUUUCAUGUCGUUACCUAUUUGGCUCUUAGCUGCACACUCAUGUUAGUGGACAUGUGGGGCUACAUUCCACAUUCCAGCCAGGAGUGCACGACUUUCCACAGGAAAUUUGCUGAAUGCCAACCAUGCCGAUGAAAACCUUGAAAUAAUAAACCAAUAAGAGAUGCUUUUGAGCCGGGGCUUUACCGCUGCUUACUUACCAGGGCUGAUCAAAGGUUCAUGUGUCAUUAAGAGAAAUAUGUUGUGUUGCCAUAACCCUUGGUCUGACUAACAUGUCUUAAAGGAGCAUUAUACAGCAUUUUGCAACAUUUUGAACAUGGUGGUUGGAAAUGUUACAUAAGAAAUGGAUGUCCUAAGCAAAGCUUUCCCACACUUAGAAACAAAUAUAGAAACUUUUUUUAACUUUUUGUUUUAUACCAAAUAAGUUAGGACAGUGCUCAAAGUGAAGGAAAUGUAUAUCUUCACAUGUCUAUACAUGUUAGAAAUGUGUCUUUAUUUACACUAAAUGACAAUCUUUGUUUCUCAUUAUGUAAUAAAACGUCUCUUUAUGUA